AUGUAUGUAUGUAUGUACAGAAUCCGCGCGGCUUUCGAAGCUAUCUUCAAGCGGUCCACGCUGCUGCAGGAUGUAGAGGGAGGGCUGCCCGAUACCCUCCCGCGCUCCCCGUCCAUUUACAAGAAGGUCCAACUGCCUCGUGAACGUGUAUGUGAUAUGUCUCCGGAAGAUCAGAAAGCAUGGGAGACACUCGAGAUGUCCAAAGAAAUAGACUUCGACAGGAUGUUGCAAAUCGCCAGAAAGAGAGAUAUGGUCAGUAUUAUAACCAGCCUGUCCUCUUUGAUCUGA